AUGAUGGGUAAUUUUUGGCUUCGAGAAGCGUCAAUGCGUUUAGUACUAUUUACUCUUACCUGCGCUUUAUGGAAUCUUCCAUUCGUCAAAGGUGAAACAUGCAAUCCAAAUCUCAACAUCAGACCCGUUGUGUACAUCUUUUCAAGUCCAGAAAAUAGCAGAUUACCCAUUGGUGCCUCCAUUACCCUGAAUUGUACAGCGGAGCCAAGAACAGAAGAUAAAGUAUAUCUGGAUAGAUGGGUCAAUUAUAUCGAGUGGUACGAUCCACAGGAUAAUGAAGUUGGAGCUAAAUGCAAGCAGCCUUCAAACAAACGGGCAUACAAACUUAAAUUAACCUGUCCAUUAGUGCUUAAAAAUCUGACAGUUGACAAAAUUGGCCGCUACACCUGCCAAGCUGGCAAUGGUUACAUAAAACACUGCACAAGGAAAUCAUUCGAAAUAUUGAUUCAAGGUCCUGCGCCAGAGUUAGUAGGAGUUCCUAGGAACCAAAGCACUGAUAUAGGGGCCAAUGUAACUUUCAACUGCACUGCCACAGGUCUUCCUGGGACAAGCAUCUCAUGGAUAAAAGACAAUGACUCAAUUGCCCUACAGUCCAACCCAAGGGCGAUAUUCAUCAAUAAUCCUCAUUCAUCAACAAUCCAAAAAACCAUGCAAAGCCAGUUGUUUAUUACAGGAGUGAAGAAAGAAGAUUUUGGCAAAUAUCAAUGUGAGGCAAAAAACAGUGGUGGUAAAAAUUUGUCGUUGCCAGCUUUCUUAUCCUCGAAAGUUUCAGAUGCCCAGAAACCUGAGAUCGUUGAAUGUCCAAAGAACCAAAGUGUCCUGAUCGGUUCCAAUGCUACCUUAAGCUGCACUGCUAGGGGUCUCCCAAGGCCAACAAUCCACUGGAUAAAGGACAAUGCUUCAUAUCCUUUACAUUCUAACCCCAGAGCACAUGUAAUUCCAGACGGGCGAACCAAUCGCAGCCAGCUUUUUAUAACGAGAGUAGAGAUGGAAGACUAUGGAAAAUAUCAAUGCAUUGCAAAUAAUAGCAUUGGAAGAAGCCAAUCAGGAGUGGCUGUCUUGAAAAAAAGUACGAUUUUUUUUCAAUGGAAGGGAAAAAAAUAG